CUACUCUGCUUCUAUGGAAAAAAAGUCAAUGACUUUUUGACCCAAGGAUUAGAGAGAGAAAGGCACUGAGUAGAGAGAGAGAGAGAGUGUGUUGUGUAGUAAAUGAGACGAGAGAUUGGUGGUGAAAGGAGUCAGCUUUGCAUUUAUUAUCAUCAUCUUCUUCUCUAAAAUCUUCCCAAAAAAAAAAAAUACAGAGCAAAAGCUUUCACAUAAUUCAUCUUCUUCCUUUCACAAUUUUGGGAUCUGACUGUUUGUUUGAAAAUUCUGCUAAUUCUCUUCCGUGAAAGUCGUCUACUUUUUUGUGGGUUUUGUGAAAGUUUCCGUUUUUAGUGGCUUCUCUUGAUCUGCUUCAAGAUCUUCACUUUUUAGGGUUUUUCCUCUUAUGGGCUAGAGAAAAAGAAAAAAGAACCCUUUUUUUUUGUUACCCUUCUUCUGAAAUUGAGAUUAAUGCAUUUUCCUUUGUGGAAGCAAAUUCAUCACUGUGCUACUCUGAUCUUAGAUAAGAGUAAGAGUAGGAGAAGAGAUGGUUCUGAUUCACCAAUUGAUGUUAGAAGAAAAGCUUCAAUGCUUAGGAAAUUGUAUGAAGAUAAGCUUAGAGAUGCUCUUGAAGAAGCAUCUGAGAAUGGGUUGCUCUUUAAAUCUCAAGAAGUUGAGAAAGAGAAUCAAGAUGAGAGCUUAGGUCGUUCUAGAUCUUUGGCUAGGUUACACGCUCAACGUGAGUUCUUACGUGCUACUGCUUUAGCUGCUGAACGCACUUUUGAGUCUGAAGAUGACAUACCUGAGCUUCUUGAAGCUUUUAAUAAGUUUCUUAUUAUGUAUCCAAAGUUUGAGACUUCUGAGAAAGUUGAUCAGUUGAGAUCUGAUGAGUAUGGUCACUUGUUGGAUUCAAAGGUAUGUCUUGAUUACUGUGGCUUUGGGCUUUUUUCGUAUGUUCAGACUUUGCAUUAUUGGGAUUCUUGUACGUUUAGUUUGUCUGAGAUUACUGCGAAUUUGAGUAACCAUGCUCUUUAUGGUGGAGCUGAGAUUGGAACUGUGGAACAUGAUCUCAAGACUAGGAUAAUGGAUUAUCUUAAUAUACCUGAGAGUGAGUAUGGUCUUGUUUUCACUGGAAGUAGAGGCUCUGCGUUUAGGUUGCUUGCGGAAUCUUAUCCUUUUCAUACGAAUAAGCGGCUUUUGACAAUGUUUGAUCAUGAGAGUCAGUCUGUGAAUUGGAUGGCUCAGACUGCGAGAGAGAAAGGUGCGAAAGCUUAUAACGCUUGGUUUAAAUGGCCAACUUUGAAGCUGUGUUCCACGGAUUUGAAGAACCGUUUGUCUCAUAAGAAGAGGAAGAAGAAGGAUUCUGCGGUUGGGUUGUUUGUGUUUCCUGCGCAGUCUAGGGUUACGGGUUCUAAGUACUCUUACCAGUGGAUGGCUCUUGCUCAGCAGAACAACUGGCAUGUGUUGCUUGAUGCUGGUUCUUUAGGUCCCAAAGAUAUGGAUUCGCUCGGUUUAUCGUUGUUUCGACCAGAGUUUAUCAUCACCUCGUUCUACAAGGUCUUUGGGCAUGAUCCUACAGGUUUUGGUUGUCUGUUGAUUAAGAAGUCGGUGAUGGGUAAUCUUCAGAGUCAGUCCGGGAAAACAGGAUCGGGAAUUGUGAAGAUCACACCUCAAUAUCCAUUAUAUCUCAGUGAUUCGAUAGAUGGUCUGGACGGAUUGGUUGGUCUUGAAGAUCAUGACGUUGGUGCAAAUGGUGAUAAACCAGCCACCACAGAGGCUGCUCGUAGAGGUGCUCAGAUGCCGGUAUUCUCUGGUGCAUACACUUCAGCUCAAGUGAGGGAUGUGUUUGAGACAGACCUCUUAGAAGAUAAUGCCUCUGAUAGAGAUGGGACUAGUAGUACCAUAUUUGAAGAAAAUGAAAGUGUUUCUGUUGGAGAACUGAUGAAAAGCCCAGCUUUCAGUGAAGAUGAGUCAUCUGAUAAUUCCUUUUGGAUUGAUUUGGGUCAAAGUCCGCUUGGGUCUGACCGUGCGGGUCACUUGAACCACCAUAAAAUCGCCUCUCCAUUGCCACCGUUUUGGUUUACCAGCAAACGGCAAUCACCAAAACCGGUAGCAAAGAGUUACAGCAGUCCUAUGUAUGAUGGUAAAGAUGUCCUCUCGUUUGAUGCUGCAGUUAUGUCAGUUACUCAGGAGACAAACUCAACGCCAUCACGGAAUCCGAGGAACUCUAAUAAUUUCCAAACUCAAGAGAUACAGGAAGAAAACUGCGGUAACAUUGUGUAUCGCGCAGGAUCUGGUUUUGGAUCAAAUGGCUCAAGCUCCAAGAUUUCUUCAGAUAUGAAAGAUAACGCAAUUAGACGAGAAACAGAAGGUGAGUUUAGGUUAUUGGGAAGAAGGGGUACUGGUGGGAGGCUUUUGGGUGUGGAAGAUGAACAACCAAGCAGAGGAACACGGGUUUCAUUUAACAUGGACCGUGUCAGUCAUAGUCUGGACCAAGGUGAAGCUUCUAUGGCCAGUGUAUAUGACGAAAGUGAUGGUGAAAACCCGAAUGAGGAUGAUUGGGACAGAAGGGAGCCCGAGAUUGUUUGCAGCCAUAUCGAUCAUGUGAAUAUGUUAGGUCUUAAUAAAACCACAAGUAGGCUCAGAUUUCUGAUUAACUGGCUUGUGAUCUCUUUGCUACAGCUGAAAGUGCCUGAACCAGGCAAUGACGGUAGCAGCAGAUACAUGAAUCUUGUGCAGAUUUAUGGCCCAAAGAUAAAGUACGAAAGAGGAGCAGCAGUUGCUUUCAACGUAAAAGACAAAAGCAAAGGGUUUGUAAGUCCAGAAGUUGUUCUUAAACUGGCUGAGAGAGAAGGUGUAUCUCUUGGUAUUGGUAUCUUGAGUCACAUACGCAUAAUGGAUCUUCCGAGAAACCACCGUGGGGGCGCUAGGAUCAAGGAAGAUAGUUCUUUGCAUCUGCAGAGAGAAGCUGGUAAACGCGGUGGAAAAAAUGGGUUUGUGCGGUUUGAGGUUGUCACAGCUUCUCUCAGCUUUUUGACAAACUUUGAGGAUGUUUAUAAGCUAUGGGCUUUUGUCGCCAAGUUCUUAAACCCCGGUUUCAGCAGAGAAGGUUCGCUCCCAACUGUAAUUGAAGAAGAAGCAGAAGAUUCAGAGACGUGAUUGAUUCUUUGAAAACUUUUUGAAACCCGCUGCAUCAAGAAUUCGCCUUUUUGUGAUAAUGCCUUGAGCCACUAACAACAUCCUAGAGGCUUCUGGAAAUGAAAGGAGGGUAAAAAGUAAAACUGUGAAUUAAGAUUUGCUAAAUAUAGUUUUUUUCGUAUUGCUCUGUUUCAGUUUUUAGGAAUAUGAGAUAGGAGGACAAUUCUUGUCAACUGGAAAGCAGAACAUGUUUUGGCCAAAUAUUUCCACUUUUGGAGAAGGGAACACAGUUAAGCA